AUGCAGUUCGGAAAAUCAAUUGGAACAGCAUGCAGUUCCUUCGCCAUCACCAAUAUCGACGACAUGUUCGUCUUGGCCACCUUCUUUGCAGAGGCAUCCACCAGCAAAGCUGUGACCCCUCUCAAGAUUACUAUCGGCCAAUAUAUCGGAUUCACGGUAAUCAUCAUCGUCAGCAUGAUUGGUUUCGGUGUCUCGCUAGUACUUCCCUCUGAACCUAUUGGAUUCCUGGGUCUGCUGCCACUGCUGCUAGGAAUCUGGAAGUUGUUUGAUCUUCUCUUCCCGGCCAAGACAGAAGAGACAGAAAAAUCAGAUUUUGCCGGGGCGAAGAGUAUUUUGAAAGUCUCAAUCAUCACGGUGAUGAACGGCGGAGACAAUAUCGGGACAUAUAUACCAUUAUUUUCGCAAGCAAAGGGAGCGGAAAUAGCAGUGUAUGUCGUUACAUACUACAUCUUACUAGGAGCGUGGUGCCUUGUCGCGUUCCUGAUUAUGAAGCAGAAGUAUAUUUUGCUCUUGGCUCAGAAAUAUGCAGACAUAGUGGUACCUUUCCUUUACGUGGGCCUUGGCGUGUACGUCGUCGUCAAGUCGUCGUGCUACCCGUGGUCCAUUGAACGUAUUGAUACAUCGGCCUCCGCACUCCCUGGUAGGACUGUUAUGGCACUUGUGACAACGUUUGUCCUUUUGAUAUGCAUAGUCACUAUGUUAUGGCUCAAAUUGCGAAAAAGAGCACCCCAGUCUACUCCUGAUGACGAAAAUUCUGAACCGACGUCCCAACCCGUGGAGUCUUUUAAUUCAGACCCGGCAUCCCCAGAGCAGAGGAAUGCAUGA